AUGCGCCCACCCGUCCUCCGCUCCCUCUCUCUCCCCCUCCACCCGCGCCCAACGCGCACCACCACCCGCGCACUCGUCACCUCGACCCCGCACCGCUCGAAAGACCGUCCAAACCCCGACGCGCCCAUCAAGGACGAGGGCCCAGUAGACCCCGCCGCGCGGGGCGUCAACGAGAUGCGGCGGCAGUGGGGCGGUCUGAUUGAUGGUGCGGAAAAGGAUCUCGCCGACGAGGCGGCGGCGAGUCGCGGUCGUCCUGUUAAGAAGGAGGUUAAGGAGGGCAAGGAGGGCAAGGAGGGGCUCAAGGCCAACCAUGAGCCUACGGUCGAUCCCGCUUCCCGUGGAGUUAACGAGAUGCACCGGCAGUGGGGGGAGUUGGUUGACGACAAGAAGAAGAAGUGUAUGUUUGCGUUGGUUGGGUGGGUCUAA